AUCAAUCUCACAGGAAAGAAAGAAGAAGAGCCUUUUUUUUCUUCUUACAUUAGAAAUAUGUCUCUUAAAGCCAUUCAUGUCUCGAAAGUGCCAAGCCUCGACCACUUCCCUGAGAACCCGUCGCUCCUCUGCUCCUCUCGCAAAGCGAAUAAUAAGUUUGUGGUGGUUGGACAUAGAGGGCACGGCAUGAACAUGACGCAGUCGCCGGAUCUAAGGUUUUCUGCUCUCAAGGAAAACUCCAUCCUCUCCUUCAACGCCGCUUCAAAAUUCUCUCUAGACUUUAUCGAAUUCGAUGUUCAGGUCACCAGAGAUGGCUGCCCAGUCAUUUUCCACGACGACUUCAUCUACUCCGAGGAACAGGGAGUGGUGUACGAGAGGAGGGUCACGGAUGUUUGCUUGUCGGAGUUCUUGUCCUACGGGCCACAGAGGGAUACAGGCAAGACAGGAAAGCCUUUGCUGAGAAAGUCAAAGGAAGGGAAGAUCCUCAAGUGGAGCGUCGAAAGCGACGACCCUCUCUGUACUCUCCAAGAGGCUUUUGAGAAAGUAGAGAAGCCAAACCUCGGUUUCAACAUCGAGCUCAAGCUUGACGACAACCUCUUCUAUUCCUCCGAUCACCUCUCCCGUCUUCUCCUCCCAAUCUUGCAGGUGGUGUCUGAUAUCGGAAAGGACAGACCCAUCAUCUUCUCCAGCUUCCAUCCUGAUGCCGCCCUUCUUGUCAGGAAGUUGCAGACCACCUACCCCGUAUUCUUCUUGACAAACGGAGGAACUGAGAUGUACUACGACACGAGAAGGAAUUCGCUUGAGGAAGCAAUCAAACUAUGUUUAGAAGGAGGCCUUCAAGGGAUUGUCUCGGAGGUGAAGGGAGUAUUCCGCAACCCCGCUGCUGUCAACAAGAUAAAAGAAUCCAAGCUCUCUCUGAUGACCUACGGAAAGCUCAACAAUGUCGCGGAGGCUGUUUACAUGCAGCAUUUGAUGGGAAUAGAGGGAGUCAUAGUUGAUCAUGUGGAGGAGAUAACAGAGGCCGUGAGAGAGAUGAUGAAGCCAUCCAAUAGAGAUGCUGAUGAGCCAAAGCCUAACUUCUCUGAGAGGGAGCUCUCUUUUCUUCUCAAGCUCAUUCCUGAGUUGAUACAACACUAAAACCAACUCUUAUCUCGUUUAGUUAGGAUCUCUAGUUUCCCAAAAUUGUGAUAGUGUUUGUUUAGGGGAAAUUUGACAAUGUGGGUGAUUCAUGAGAUG